AUAAAUUAGAUGACCCUGUUGUGAAUUCAAUAAAUUCAUUUGAUUAAGAUGGUUUAACAUAAAUUUUUAGUUGUAAUAAGAUUACUAAACUUAAAAUCGAAAACCACUCAUAGAAAUCAAUUUUAAAUAAACAUUAUUUUAGACUACUCUUUAACAUUUCUUAACGAUGAUAGUAAGUAGAUCCUAGCAUUAGCAAUGAUUUUUAUCUCGGAGUGUAGCAUUACUUAUUAUUACAAUCUACCCUCAUUAAAAUGAAUUGUAUAAUACAAAACCAAUAAACUAAACCAUCAUAGUAAGCUUGAAUUUUUGUAUAAUAAGAUCAAGAAUAUAGUUAGAAUUCCUAUUUAUCAACUUAAAGCCAUA